GACGCAACCAGUGCGCAUUUGUGGAGAGCACCGCAACUCGUUUCUCAAAUAACAAGACAACGGGAGCUGAACACAGAGUAUUUGCUCACGAACUCCUUCACCACACGCGUCUCCUCUCCAGCACAAACGGAAAAAGAGAUAGCAUUUCCCUACCGAGAAACAGGGAAAAGAGCAAUGCGACGUCGCAACACCCUUGUUGAGUCGACGCAGGCGGCGGGCUUUGCCGACAUGGAGUUCGUUCUACUUCGCUGCCCGAAAUUUUUCGCCACGGAGAACGUCGCCACCGUCUUUCCCGAGGCGGCGCACGUGGCGGCCAGCUUGGCAGAAGCGGCUUCCGCCCACCCGGAGGUCGCCGACCACGACGUGAAUUACUACCUGCUCUACACCUUCCAGCCCUGCGACUUUGUGAUGGAGAAGGCCAGUGGCGAGGACAGUGAAGGCGAAGGACUCAGCAGCUGCGACGAGCCCGGCACCACCUCCUCCAGCGUCGCGUCCCCGGUGUCGUCGAUGUCGGUGAUUCAGAAGAGCGACAAUGAGGCCCUCCCGCCGGUCAGUCCUGCCCCGCCUGUGAUGGAGUGGCACGAUCGCAGUCGCGACCGGGUGUACAAGUUCAUGGCUCUGGCGAAGCGCCACAUUCGGGGGCGUCUUUCGGAGGCGUCGGAAGGAAAUGAACCUUUUUUCUUUAUGGACUGGCCAGACCCCGCAACCGGGCUGCCGGCGUGCUCGGAGCGCGGCGCCACAACCUUCUCCGACGCCGACACCAUCGAACAAUUUUUUCCUUUCAAAAAGGUAAUGGUGGCGGGUCCUGGCGGUGGCUGCUACAUGGUGGAGCACCCGCGGUUUGGGUUGAACGUGUACCUCGACGCGGCCGUCCUGGUUGUGCCGCACACUCUCGAGGAACGACUCUGCGAAGCUGUUCGCAGUCUCGGUGUGUAG